AUGACCCACUUACAAGCUGGACUUAGUCCAGAGACUAUAGAGAAAGCUCGCCUGGAACUGAAUGAAAACCCAGACAUUUUGCAUCAGGAUAUCCAGCAAGUCAGGGACAUGAUCAUCACAAGGCCUGACAUUGGGUUUUUACGUACAGAUGAUGCCUUCAUCUUGAGAUUUCUCCGAGCCAGAAAGUUUCACCAAACUGAGGCCUUCAGACUGCUGGCUCAGUACUUCCAGUACCGCCAAUUAAAUCUGGAUAUGUUCAAAAACUUCAAGGCUGAUGAUCCAGGAAUCAAACGGGCUCUGACAGAUGGGUUUCCAGGAGUACUGGAAAAUCGUGACCACUGUGGCAGGAAGAUUCUUCUGCUUUUUGCAGCCAACUGGGAUCAGAGUAGGAACUCCUUCAUAGAUAUCCUCCGGGCUAUCCUACUGUCCUUGGAAGUGCUCAUCGAAGAUCAGGAGCUUCAGAUAAAUGGCUUCAUUCUAAUUAUAGAUUGGAGCAACUUCUCCUUCAAGCAAGCCUCCAAGCUUACGCCAUCUAUCCUCAAACUGGCCAUUGAAGGGUUACAGGACAGCUUUCCUGCCCGUUUUGGAGGAGUCCAUUUUGUCAACCAGCCCUGGUACAUCCAUGCCCUGUACACGCUAAUCAAACCCUUCCUCAAAGACAAGACAAGGAAAAGGAUCUUUCUUCAUGGUAACAACCUGAACAGCCUUCACCAGCUAAUACACCCUGAAUGCCUGCCCUCUGAAUUCGGGGGGACUCUUCCUCCGUACGACAUGGGGACAUGGGCUCGAACAUUACUCGGUCCCGACUACAGUGAUGAAAACGAGUACACCCACACCUCCUACAAUGCCAUGCACGUGAAGCAUGCGUCCUCCAACCUGGAGCGGGACACCUCGCCCAAACCCAUGAAAAGGUCCCAGUCUGUGGUGGAAGCCGGCACGCUGAAGCACGAAAACCAGGGGGAAAAUGAGAACACCCAGCCACUGCUGGCUCUGGACUGAGCUCCCAUGCGCCCGACACACACAGAUACAUUAACAGACUUCCACCAUACAGAAACCCACAGAGCACACAACACACAAACACACGUGUUUUGCUUGAGAACAAGUCCUUCAUGUUUCUUGACCAAGUAACAACUGUCACCAGCCAUCUGUCUGCGCGGCCGACGCUGAACAAAAACUGAGAAAUUUCUAUUGACGCAGGAGUCUGUCCACAUACAAAGAAUUUAUUUCUUUUUUUUUUUGUUUUUUUUUUUUUUUUGACUUACGACAUUAAAAUAUUGGAAAUGAUGGGACUGCAUUCUCUGUUUAAAGAAACCAGGGUGUGUCAGUCAAAGUUUUCCUGA